GUGUCUACGCAUCACUUAGAUUAUCUUAUCUUGUUGUCUGGUUUAUUCAACUUGUAUCCACUGUCCCUGUAAUAUUAUGUAGAGUGACACGCAGUUCGGCGCUCCGCUGAAGCUCGAAUGCGGGGGUAUUUGUUGUUACCUCUGUUUUGGCUUCUCCCACCUUCGAGAUGUCCAACUCUUAGUUCAGACUGUGGGCCCGUAGAGUCGAACAUUUUCUCACCGCUCACUCUGCCAUGUGGACGCACCGUCACCAACCGACUCGUUAAAGUGGCCAUGUAUGAGCACCUGUCCAAUUUUUCAGGGGGACCUCCGAAUAUCUAUCACUUCGCACUCUACUCUGAGUGGGCGAAGCAUGGCUGGGGAAUGGUCAUCACUGGCAACGUCCAAGUCGACAAGCACCAUUUGACAUUGGGGCGUGAUAUGGUGGUACCUAACGUGCUGAACGACGAAACACUAGCGCCCUUCAAACGAUUAGCGCAGGUCAUCCAUGGUGACGCUGUCGUGAAAAAUGGAGAAUACAGUCACAGUUCUCGCUACAAAGUCCGUCCUUUGGCUAUAAUGCAGAUUUCACACCCUGGCCGCCAGUCACCUAUCGUCGUUGGCGGUCGUUCACCCUUCGUACCGCCUAAAGCUCCGAGUCCCGUUAGAGUUGGAUCAGUCGCUCAGAAAAGUGCAGUGCGCCCCGAAGUUAAUUUUAGUUCCUCGAUACGGUCUACCGAAGAAGGACCGGCAAAGGACAUGCCAUGGACAACUGCCUUGUCCCUACGUACCCUCUUUCAAAUCCCACAAGAAAUGACUAUCGAUGAUAUUCGCGACGUACAAGCAGGGGUUUCUCAGAGCCGCCCUGGCGGCUUCGAAGGCUGGUUUCGACGACAUUGUACUAAUGCGGGGAAUCGCAUUUACUGGUUAGAUCUCCUCGCCCAAUUCAUGAACCCCAAGACAAACAUCCGUCAAGACCAAUACUCCAUUUCCCCACCUGUCAACUCGCUCCGCAUGCUCCGUGAGAUCGUUGAGGCGAUACGUGCCAUGAUGCGUCGGGAUUUUGUGGUAGGCGUCAAGAUCAACUCAGCUGACUACAUCCAGGCAGGGGAACGUCCGUCAGAUGCUCGUCUUCAGGUCGAGACGAACCGCGUACUGGACCACGUUCGUGCGAUAGCUCAUUGGGGCCUGAUCGAUUUCAUUGAAGUUAGUGGGGGUGAUUACGAGUCUCCAGAGUUCAUGUCAUCGAAACCAACCACUCCACGUCAGGCAUUCUUUUCCCACUUCUCGAGGAUGGUCAUAGAACACAUUAACCGCGAUCCGGCGCCAUCUAAACCAACACCGGUUCCUGUCAUCCUCUUAACUGGUGGUCUGCGUUCUCCCGCACAUUUACAAACUGCCCUUGACGCAGGCCACGCGGACCUUCUUGGCAUAGGCCGAGGAUCGAUUACAUGCCCAGAUUUGCCUGUGAUGCUGCAGAAGCGAUUGUCCUACGGGGAAGAUCGGGUAGAAUAUCAGUCCAAGAAAGACACCGAACCGUUCGCGUGCGAUCCCGGUGAUGAUCUUAAGCCACCUUUUUGGCUUCCAAAGGUUGGGCUAAUCGGUGCAUCCUUCCAAUUGGCGUGGUACACUGUUCGAAUUCGGAGUAUCGCAGAGUCGCGCAUCCAAAAUGGUCCCCGAAAUGGAAAGCCGGGUGCUGACUCGUACCCACACGGCAUGGGAGCAACGGAAGCAAUGCUGAAAAUGUGGAUAUGGGCGAACCGGGUACAAGCUGGUGGGUUUUGGUCUUCCUUCUUAUGAUGAUUCCCGCUAUGGUCAUGCUACCCACUGAACCGAUGGUGUCGAGACAAUGUGAUACCCAUACGAAAGACAUUUAUACAACAUAAUACAUGUGCAGAAGAGAUCUGCUGCCAACCAUUGAAGCUUACUUCAACUCCGGAGUAUCUGCGUACAGUGUCUUCAUUCCAGUGGGCGGAUGCCGAUCGCCAACUGUCAAAUUAGCUUUCUCGACGAAUGUACGGAUCUCUUGAAUUUCUUCCGCCAAAAGGUGUACAUGAACGCUGUCAAGAUUCUCCUUCAGGUACUGCAACAGGUUUAACGUGACGGCUGAGUUGUUGAAUCCGAGC